AUUUUUGAUUUUCAUAUACGGGCAUCUGAUAAGAAGUGCCCGGAUGAGCAAGAAAACGCCAUUUUGAAAAGCACCGGCAGCAUGUCUCAUGGUCGAGAUGAAAGCGGGAAGCUGUUUGUGGGAGGCCUCAGUUGGGACACUACCCAGGAAUCCCUACAUGCCUACUUCAGUCGGUUCGGUGAAGUGGUAGACUGUGUGGUGAUGAAGAAUCCAAAUACAGGGAAAUCGCGUGGCUUUGGCUUCGUCACAUUCAGAGACCCAGCAUGUGCAGAGGACGCUUUAUCAAAGAGUUCCCAUGACAUUGAUGGAAGAGAGGUUGAUGCCAAGCUUUGCAACCCCAGAGGAGCAGGAGGGGACAGAGGUGGUGGAGGGGGAGGAGGAGGAAGGCAGCAUGGGGGUGGAGGUGGCGGAGGAAGAGGAGGGAACUUUGGGGACAAAUCUAGGAAAGUGUUUGUUGGAGGGAUCCCACCUAAUGCAGAUGAGAAUAACUUGAGAGACUUUUUCAGCAGAUGGGGAAAGGUAGUUGAUGUGACAAUCAUGUAUGACCAGGCCAAAGAUGGACGCCCCCCAAGGUCAAGAGGCUUUGGAUUUUUGACGUUUGACAAUGAAGGCAGCGUAGAACAAGUCGCUUCCAUGCGAUAUUUCCAAAUGAAUGGCAAACAGGUGGAGUGUAAAAAAGCUGAGCCUCAGCACAAACAGGGAGGAGGCGGAGGUGGUGGCGGUGGUGGCGGACCGGGAGGAAGAGGAGGACCAAGAUGGGAUGGCCCACCAGGACCACCUGGUGGCUUCAUGGGUGGUCCACCAGGACCUCGCCCACCAUUCCCCCCUGGACCAGGAUAUCAGCAAGGCCCAGGGUUCCCUCCACAGGGGCCAUAUGGUGGCCCAGGACCAUGGGGACAUGGUCCUGGACCUGGACCAGAUGACAGAUGGGGACCACCACGCCCACCAGGUCCAGGGGGCCCUGGAGGUCCCCCACCCCCAGGGGGUCCACCUGGAGGUCCCCCAGGGCCUCCUCCAGGCGCAGGAGGCCCUCCAGGACCAGCUCCAGGCCCCGGAGGACCAGGUCCACAACCUCCACAACCAGGCCCAGCACCUGCAGUACCACCACAGCAGCCAUCAUAUGAUUAUUACUCUACCCCGUCAGCACCCCCAGCAGCAGGUGCCCCACCAGCAGCCCAGUCUUACUAUGGAGCUCCACAGGGAGCUCCUGCUCCAGCAGCAGGCUAUGGUGCUCCUCCUGCAGCUGCUCCUGCCAACAAUGGCUGGGUGGCCCAGACCCCGGCUACCCAGGGCUACAGUGCCUACUCUCAGCCUGCUGCUGUCCAGCAACCUGCAGCUUACGGUCAGCCACCAGCACAGCAAGCCUAUGGAGCUCCUGCCAGUGCCCCUACUGCCCAGGCCAGUUCCUAUGCUGGAUACAACUACAGUGCACAGCCAGCACAGCCAGCAGCAGGGGAUCCAUAUGCUGCACCACAGGCAACUACACAGGCUUAUGUUGCACAGCCCACAGCAACAGGCACUCCAUCUACAGCUCCAGCAGCUGACUAUACCUAUGGAGCCUAUCCUCAAGAAGCCAGUGCCUAUGGUCCCACCAGGACGUACAGUGGUUCAGACAGUCAGCCAGCAGCUACUCCAUCAUAUGGCGCUACACCCAACACAGGAUAUGCUGCAGCACCAGCAGCAGGAUACGAUGCUAGCUAUGGCACGGCUCCUCCAGCUAACCCUGCUUAUGGUGGUCAAGGGGAUGCCCCAGCUCCAGCAGGAGGAUAUAUGGCUGCUCAGUCUGGGUUUGGUAGAGGAUCAGCAUCAACAACACGCGGGUAUCACCCCUAUGGUCGCUAAGUGGAACAAACCAGGAGGAAUGACUUUAUUUUUGUAUGCUUUUAUUUGUAAAUAUGUGUAGUAUUAAAGUGGACAUUGCUCAUGCGUGUAUUUUGAGGUUUGGAGACCAGUGAUGGCAGCACUGAAGAAGAUGCAAUACUGUUGUAAAGCCAUGUUGUUGAAUGCCACCAUUGGGUGAAAUGUACAUGUUUUUAUUAGGAUAUUUUAUCAGAGAUAUUGUGCAAAACUUGAACAUGAAUUCCUCGCCAGCAAAUUCUUUGCAGAUUGCUGACAAAUCCACAGUAGCUAUAGAUUUUCACUCUUUUUUUUAAGUAGAAAAAGACUUUUGUAAGAUUGAUUGCUAUGAGAAUUUGCAGAAUUCUAUCAGUGACCAAAUUUCAAGCUCAUCUCAUUGUUCUUAUUGUUUUAAAGGUAACGGAACUGAUAUUGGAAUUGUUUGACCUUUUAAGAUUUAAUAAACCCAACAAGUAGACAAACAAAAA